AUGUCAAAUCGUGUUCGUGGUGCUGGAAAAACAGACCGAACAUCCUUGAACCGCUGGCUGCGGUCACUGACGCCAGAGCCUGUCUUCAACGACGAUCAAAGGGAUGAUCUCCCAGGCUUCAAGACACUCUCCGUACCUAGUGGGCGUGUUCUCACUAUUGAUCCUGAUGUUCGAGCCAAAUGA